AUGAAGACGAUCGCAGUUUUCGCCGCCGUCCUGGCCGUAGCCCUCGCCGCUCCCCAGUACCACUUCCAACACCAGGAUGAUCCACAUGUGGUGACCCUCGUCAAGGAAACCCCCUCGAACAACAUCGGAACUGAUGGAUACACUUUCGGCUUCGAACAGUCCGACGGACAAAAGAGGGAAGAAUCGGCUCAGGUUGAAUUGCGUGGCCCAAAACCCGAGGAUGCCAUCCUCCGUGUCCGCGGAUCUUUCAGCUACGUUGGCACUGACGGCAACACGUACACCGUUUCCUACAUUGCCGACGAAAAUGGCUUCCA